AUGUUAUUUACCUUCAAAUGCUUUUACUAAUUUAAUUAAUACCUUUAUUUCAAUGAUAGGAAAAACUUAAUUUGGUACGAAAAUAAAAGGCUUGUAAGCAUAAAGGAUCAAAGCUAACUCAAGUCAAAAUAAAGCGAAAUUAAAACUAGCGAUGAAAGAAACAGAAAAUACCUUUAUUUCAAUAAUAGGAAAAACUUAAUUUGGUUCGGGUUAUAUAGUGGAUAAGAUUACCUGAUUACUCUUUCGCAAUCAAAUUAUCAAAGUAUGAGGGUUAUUUGUACUAUAUAAAUGGAAUAAAAUUAUAAAUUUAUUAAAAGUUAAUCCAAAUUUAAAUAAAGAAAUAUCUAUUCUAUUUAACUUAUUCCCCAAAGGCCAUAUUUCAUUAGCUUAAUUAAAGACAAUUUCUUACCUGACUAACUUAUAAAUUAACAAGUACCUAACAUAGACGAGUGGAUUUAAGUCUUCGAAAAUUUUCUAAGCAACAUAAACUACUAAAAAUAUGAAAAGAAUAUAAAUGACGAAUUUGUUAAGCUUUCUGGAAUAACAUCACCUUCGAUCAAUAAAGCAACAUCCAUGAGAAUUUUAGGUAUUUUGAUGAAGGUAAAGAAAGGCAAUGUGAGAGACUAAAUGAUAGAAAUAGCAUAACUAUUUUCAUAAACUAUUAACUGA